AUGGCAAGUUGUAGUCUCUUAUUAAGGCAUCGGGAUAUAAUUUGUGACACUUCUCUGUACCAGACUUACCAAAUCGAUCUCUUAACAGUUCACUAUAUUAUGAAUAAUGAGAUGUAUGGUAACAGUAAUAAUCAGUUUGCACCAGCGAAUUCACAGCAAAAUGCAAAUAAUAUGAAUUUGGCAGCUUUUUAUCUUCAAGGACAAUUGGGAAUACCACCACAGCCUUAUUCAUUAUAUUCAGGCCAGUUUGCUCAAGCACAAUUACAUCAUCAAAUUGAACUUGCAAUGGUUGCACAAAAUGCACAGAUGCAAGCGAUGCAGCAAGCAUACCAUCAACACGUACAGCCACAAACGCAACAAAACCUACAUCAAACUUCCCAACAAGUUCAGAUGAAUGCAGUUUCACAAUUAUCUCGCAUUAAUGCGUUAAGACAACCUUUAAAUCCUUCAUCUCAAAAUUCUAAACCUUCUGCGACAUCAAAACCGCCAUCUGUUAAUCGACAUCGCAAUCAUAUGGACUUUUCACUAAUGGAUUCUGAUCCUCGUCGGCGCCCGUCAUUGAUAUCGGAUUUCGCUGCACUACCUGGAGCCUCAACUUUUAAUCGUUUUGAUCCUGUUGAAAGGAGAGAAUCGAUGUCAGAAGAACAUAUGCGUGCUGUUGGAUCAUUAGUUUCACCUGUUAGUGAUGAAACUCUUGAAAAGAAAAAGAAUGCUUUGACUGAUAGACUGGAAAAUGUGGAAAAGGAAAAAAAGAGCCUUGAUGCACAACGGACUAAUCUUUUGCGAAAAAAGGUGAAAGAGAUGCAUGAAUAUGAAAAAGCAAAAGAUUCUUGUAAGGAAGGACAAGAUGAAAAAGAAAAUGAAGAUACUUUUGAUGAUGAAAUGGAUCCUACAAGAAGUCUUAUCGAAAAGAUUUAUGCGGAAAAUCGAAGGCGAGCAGCUGCAUGUCAUGCCAAAGAUGAACUGCGAGUGCGCCCUCUUAAACCAUUUUUUCUGCCAUCUGGUUAUCCUAUUGUACAAAAGACGAUUGAGAAUCAUAAAUUAGUGAAUGAUUUUUUGGUAAAAAAGUUAAUCGAAAGAAAUCGUUUUGAUGCAAUUAGACAACAAUUUAUUACUGAUCGAUAUAAAGCCUUAUAUGAAGAAUGGCAAAAAAAUGAUGAGCGUUAUUGUAAAAAUGCAAAAAAAAUAUCAAGAAACGAAAAAAAUCGCGAAAUUUAUGAACGUACAUUCACAGAGGUGAAGAAAGCUCGUGAAGAAAAAGAAAAAAAUCGAAGCGAACGGAGUGAAGAGGAGGAAGAAAGAAGACGACAGUUUUCUGCAGUAAUGCCACCAACCAUGCUCAGCAAAUACGAUCGCCAAAAGAUAUUUUAUAUUAAUUUAAAUGGCGUUGUGAAAGAUGCAGCGAAGAAAGCCCGUAGCGAAUACGAUGAUUUCAUGUCUUUUUGGACCGAAGAAGAAAAAAAUAUAUUCACAACCCAAAUAAUUGUGUAUGGCAAAAAUUUUGCUGCAAUAGCGGAAUUUUUGGAACGUAAAUCCGUUAAGGAUUGUGUCUGGUAUUAUUAUUUGACAAAAUAUCGCCUGAAUUAUAAACAGAAAAUUAAGAAAAGGAAAAAGGCAUUCAAAAAUUAUCGUGCACCUGUAAUGCCACGUUUUGAAGAAAUCGCGCAAAAUAUUACUCAGGAAGUUAACGAUGUUGUUGUCACUUCACAUAACAGACCUGAGUGUUAUUUAUGUAAACGAAAGAUUGAUAGUGGAUCAAAUCCUGGUCGUGUGCUUACACGAGCUUCGUAUGAAACAUAUGGGAUCGAUCCAAGUCAAGCAAAAUCUACCGAUAUGCGAGUGUGUGCAAGAUGUCAAGUAAAAACAUCUAAAGCAAGAAUUGCACUAACAUUUAUUCUACAAAAUAUUUUACUAAAUGCCAUUUAUUUUUGUAUUUACAGUCGUUGUCAAGUGGGAACAUGCAGCAAUGCGAGACGUAAAGUUCGAGCAAGUCGUUCAAUGCCGGUUAAAUGGAAAGCAGCUACACAUCUUCAGCGUGAAUAUCUUAUGGAUAUUUUUUCAUUUCGUGAGGAUAUUACUAAAUGCUGUACUACUUGUCACAAGAAAAUUUCAAAAAAAUUGGAUAUGGUAAAUUAUGGAUUAUUGAGAUCUACUUUGGCUUUUUUAUUGAUUUUAAUUUGUUAUAUCCUGUUCAGUGGUCUGCUUGCAAAAGAGAUAAAACAGUGGGAACAGACCUCGAAGAUACCUGUCACAUCAGAAGAUAUCACAUUGCUUCAAAAUAUUGUUGCCAAAGUUGGCAUAAAUGAUUGGAAUUCUGUUGCAGAAAAGAUGCAAAAUGAGCAAAGAAAUUUUACAGCUGCGCAAUGUAAGGAGCAGUAUGAAAAGGUGAUUGGUGACAAACAAAAGUUCAAAACUGAUAACAUCGAAAGCGAGGAAGAAGAAGGGUCAGAUAGUGAAAAAGGAAAACCUAAUUCACCAUUCGAUCAUAAAAAAGAUAGUGGAGAUCGCGGUAAUGAUCGGAGCGGUGAAAGCAGUGUUACUCUUAGCGCGGAUGAAGGUAAUAAUCAAGAUGAUUAUAAUGCACCAUCUCCUGGACUCUCGAAAUCAUCGCCAGUGUACAAACCUCGGUUUCAAGGAAGUUCAGGAACAACAGCGGAAGAUCAAAUUGUUGUAGAUACUAUGCCCUUUGCAAAAGAAGAGGACCGUGCUGACUUUGCAUCGGGCGCGAAUGUUUCGCUUUUAGCCACUACGAAAUGUGAAGCUAUUUCUGCAAAUACAAAAAUUGGUGAUAAUGAAACGUCUAAAUUGGCAGAACUGAUCGCUUUGGGAAAUAAAAUUUCACCGACAGAUACACCUAGUCCUACAAUGCCUACGAAUACGGUUGGAUUGCCACAUUGCUCAUUUUCGCUUCCAAAUCAAUCUACAUUGAGGCGUAGCAAUGAUUCACUACUUACUGCUAAUUCUACAUCUAACCAGAUUCCCAGUGGAACCAAAAAAGCUGGUGAUUCACUUUUUGCAGCAACAGCUAAUCAAAAACGUACCGAUUCAUCCAGUUCAUCAGUUGGUAGCGGAAUAUCAACAGGCGACGGUACGCCAGUAUUAAGACCACUAUCGAAUCCAAGUAUUGAAUCAUUGCCAGAGAAGUCAAGAUCUGUUCAACCAAUACCGUCCAGUCCUUCAACAUUUUCAGCAGCGCAGUUGGCUGCAAUGUCCUCGAGCUCUCAGUCGUUUGCAUCUUCAUUAAAUUUUGCUGGUCAGCAGAAGCCAACAGUUCCAUUCGGUAAUGCUGCUAACGAUAUUGCUUCACUUGCAAAUUCAUUUAAUCAGUAUAAUCAGCUGUUGAAUGUAGAUGGAUCUUCUCAAUAUGCAUUUUUGAAACUGCUGCAGCAACAGCAGCAACAAAAUGAAUUAGAACGUAUUCGCUUAAGCAUGCUACAAAAUAGAGGUCUUAAUCCCAAUUUAUUAGACUUUUACCAGUUUUCUGUGAAUUUUCCUGAGUUACACGCACUUCUCCAGCAACAGGGUGCUUUAUCUAAUGAACAAAAGUUAUUCCAAAUUCAACUUUACCACCAACUUCUUCAACAAAAUGCAUUGAAACAGGGCAAUAUGCACCAGUCUAUAAUCAAUCCUUUCUUUCCUGGUCUUACAGCGGCAGUUCGAACGCCGCUACAAUCGCUUUCUUCUACAUCAUCCGAACAACAACAACUUGUCCAGUCACAGACGCCUGGUAUUGCGAAUACUGAUGCUCGACAUAAGGUCACCCCCUCUAAUAGUCAAUUAUUCAGUGAUUUGCGAAGUGCUGAACAAAUGCGUAAAGAACGUGAAGAAACGGCAAAACAGUUGGACAAGCAAAGACAAGAUGAAGAAGCACGGAUGAUAGAGCAGUUAACUAAAGCCCAUACCGCCGAAUUCCAUCGACUUUUAGCAGAAAGACCUGAUUUAAUUGCCCAUUUUCAAAAAAUGGAAAAGUUGCGUGAACAAAAUAACGCCAGGCAAGCUGGUCGUAGCUAUCAAGGCGAGUUAAUCCAGGCCCAUCUAAGACCAUCGGGUGUAAUUGUUCGUGGCGCAGGAGAGGAUCGAACUGGUGGCAUUGGUUUGGUCAGCAAAGGAGCGAUGAAAGAAUUCCCUCCAUCCGUCGCUAAGUCGUCGAUAAAUCCUAUGCCAGAUAUAAUUGCUCCAUCUCAUUUAUCAUUUCCUCCCCAUGGCCUUAUUGGAAUUAAUCGACCUCAAAUGGAUUUAUCGUUCGGCGCGAAGGCUGCAGCUCAACUUCAGUCAUCCAAGAUUCAGUCGCAGCAGUCCCAAAGCAAUCAUUUGUUAGCAUCGGAACUCUCGUCAGCAAAUCAAUUAAUAAAGCAUGGUUCAACUUUAAGAAAUGAUUCACUGUUCAAUCAUCUCAAUCAAAGAAAAGUUGAUAGUGCAGUACAAGAAAAUGUUACAUUUCAUCAAAAUAUUCGAGGGACUUCAACCGGUGAUGAUCGUGCGAUAGAUUUUUUAAAUUCGACUCCAGAGUUAAAACGAAAAUCAGGAAUUCAUACCGUUUGUAUUCCGUCUGUACCGAGUAUGCAUCACUCAAUGGCGAUAAAAAAUCCUUCAUCAUCACAACGUCGAACUUUAUCACCAACCAUUACCAUCAGACAUCCAUCAACGGCUAUGAGCACUUCGGUUUCUGGGCAGUCAAAGGCCGUUUCAGUUUCUGGCACGCAUACUUCUCCUUCACCACAUUUAAUAUCUACAGCUGAUCGGAUGGCACCUCGAAGUUUAGAUGGUAGUAUCCCUCCAUUCGCGCGUGCUUCUAGUCCACUUGUGGUAUCUUCAAUCCAGUCUAUGAUUUCUCCAAGAACUCCUAUGUCUGUGAAUUCGAGUUUGACUAGUCCAUCUCAGACGAUUCAUUCUUCACCACAACCUUCGUUCCGAGGAAUAACACCUGGUUCUCCAUAUCAGCAACCAUCUCCAACCUUGGGUCCGAUGUCGCCAUCUGUCAAUUCACUCUCUCGAGAUAUUGUUCCCAACAUGGCUUUCAAUGCACAAUCUUUUUUGCGACCUUUAAAGGUUUCUUCUCCAACAUCAUCUUUGCCUCCAACAAUGAAUAAGCUACCAGAUGAGCCAACAACAGAUAUCAAUGCCUCAAAACAAAAUGAUCAAGCGUGGAAGGCUGAUGAAAAGGAUUCAAAAGAAUCGUCUCAAAAAGAAAAUAAAAUGGAACCAGCAUCUUCUAUUAACAGUAAUUUUGAACCGUUAUCGCCCGAUACUUCUGAUUCUUCUGGACCACCCGUAUCUGCUGAGCCACUUGGUUCUCCGAGUCAAAUUUGCAAGCCACUUUUCUCAUUAAUUAAUCUUCCCGAAAACGAAUCAGAAAACCCGGAAGCACAACCAGCCUUAUUGUCAACAGAAUUAGUGGAGCUACAGAUUGAUUCAAGCGCGUCACUGAAUCAGUCUAUAGUACCACCAACAAUUAAUUCUUCAUCGAAACUACCGCCGCAACCAACUUAUGAACCACUUUCCGAUGAUGAAUGA